UGUACGAGCACUUCAACGUAAGAUUGAAAUCAUAGACACAAUGCAUGAUCAGAUUAUCAAAGAACUCGAUGUGACUGAGAACGACAUGAGUCUUGAAAAGGAGCUCCCGAGUCCAACAUCUUCGACAUCAUCUGAUGCCGGAUAUGGAAGUGGAGAUAAUAUCCAAUCUUCUGUUGCGGAUACUGAUCGCACCCGUGUUUCGAGACGAAAGAAAUCAAGAAACGCCUUUAGCGAUGACAUCCUAGUACAACUCGAAGAAAAAUUCCAAAAGCAAAAAUAUUUAAUGACGGACGAACGAGAAGAAUUUGCACAGAAGAUCGGGUUGAAAGAGAAUCAGAUUCGGACCUGGUUUCAAAAUCGCCGCAUGAGAUUCAAGAAACAACGAAAAGUGACCGAAGACAAACCGGUUGACCACGAAGUUAAACAAUUGAGCCCAGUCGCAUCUGAACAGAUCACGAAAGUAUCAGCAGAAAAAGUAACCAGCUCAGACGAACCACAGCCAAUGACAACUAUCAAGUUACCAACAAUACCACCAGUAUUACCCACGUCAUACUUCGUACCACCAAUGCAUUCGUCGCACUCUCUCAUCGCAUCACCGCCGUACAUACUGUCAGCCCCCACCCCGUUCUACCAACCGAUCUACCCGCUACCGAUGACGUACUCUGCACCGACGUAUUACCCAGCCUUCUUAGGACACAUGGGAAUGACACGGCCUGCAGUAGGACCAGUAAUUGGCCACCCUUACUCGCCGAGUUAUCCAUUGGUUAGACAUUAUCCCGUUUCAUAUUAACUACAUUACUUCGAUCAACGACGUCAAUAGGAUGAUCGUAACCAAGUAUGUCUACGUUGUGUGAAUUAUCCACGAUGUUUACUUGAAGUCAUCUACGGAUACAUAAAUUGACGCACGCCAUGGUGUGUCUGGUUCCAGAACUGAUGGUCUACACCAAUCCAAAAAAGACGGCAAAUUCACGAACUACCGCGACACUGUGUACCCCACAUACAUAUUGGCGAUGACAACUAGUACCAUUUCUUCAAUUUGAACAAUUCGUCGGUGAUUUACAAACAUUUCACGUAGUUUCAUUUGCUUUGCAAUCUUGGAACAUACUGUGUCAAACAAUGUCUGGUUUUCCUGUAGAUGCAAUAAAACUCUUUCCAAACUA